AUGCACCAGCUUUUCUUGUCGACGUGCUCCGACCCAGCUGGCACCCGUGCCGCCAACAGCGCUCGACCCGAGCUCCGACGCCAGCGGCAGAUGGUAUUGUCGUGCCAUCAGAGCCGGCGGCACUGUGUCGUUGCUGAGUUGACGCGGCAGGACUCACGCCACGCAUUGCCCGCGAUGGCCCCGCCAAAUGGCACUCCGCCGUUCGUUCGCAGCGGCCGGGAGCUUGGCUAG